AUGACUUUGGUCUUUCGACCCAAGGAUGCGUCCGCGAGUGUAGAGCCCUCAAGUGAUGGCAUUGCUCAAGAUGUGAAGCCCCCCGUAGCAUCACCUUCUCCACCACCGCCUCCCCCCAAGGACGAAAAAUACCGUGAUCGAAGCGCAUCCCCUUCCAAAACCUCUCCACUAGAUACCCACGGCAAGGGUGUUGCGCGAGGAGACGAAAAUGACGAGCUGGGACACCAAGAGAAGGACGAAGCGGAGCAAGACGAUUCAAAGUCGGAGAUACAGAGCAUAAUGGACCAGUUUGGCGAGGGAAUGAAUGGCCCUGGCGUAGAAGAAAUAAUGUCACCUCGACUUGCGGCUGGCCCCAACUUUGGCUCGCCAGUGUCAAAUCCUCCCCGGAAAUCUAGCCUCGAGCCUUUGCAAAGCGAAGCCCUAGCUCACCUCCGCGACAAGAAUGUGUCCGGGACAGAACCCUUACAGUCACCACCCCCUAGGUCGUCAUCUCUGACCCUAACCCCCUUAUCGAAGGAAAACACACAAGCGUCUGACCCUGCAGUAUCUUCUAAUUCGCAAAAUCCCGUUUUCAAGCCUCCUCCCCCUGACCCAGAACCAGAUCUACCCUUCGACUUCCACAGGUUUCUCGAACAACUCCGACAUCGUACCGCAGAUCCCGUUGCCAGAUUCCUGCGUUCGUUUCUUUUAGAAUUCGGGAAGAAGCAAUGGAUGGUACACGAACAAGUCAAGAUCAUUAGCGACUUUUUGGAGUUCAUAAGCAAGAAGAUGGCGCAGUGUGAAGUGUGGAGAGUGGUAUCAGAUGCUGAAUUCGAGAACGCAAAGGAGGGUAUGGAAAAGCUCGUCAUGAACAGACUGUACACUCAGACUUUCUCGCCGGCAAUACCACCACCCGAACCGUCCUUGAACGGUCGGCGGCGAGCCACACAGAAUUCCGAAGCACCAGGACGGAAGGGUCAGCACCAGGAAGAUGUAGAAAGGGACGAGGUCCUGUCACAGAAAGUACGCAUAUACCAAUGGGUGAACGAGGAGCAUUUAGACAUUCCCACGAUUGGAGAGAAAGGCCGGAAAUUCCUUCAGCUAGCCCAACAAGAGCUGCUCAAAAUAAGGAGUUACCGGGCGCCGCGCGAUAAAGUGAUCUGCGUCCUGAACUGCUGUAAAGUGAUCUUUGGAUUUCUCAGAAACCAGCAAACCGACACAUCGGCGGACUCCUUUGUUCCUCUGCUCAUCUACACCGUCCUCCAAGCUAAUCCAGAACAUCUUGUUUCGAACGUCCAAUAUAUCCUCCGCUUCCGAAACCAGGACAAGCUCAACGGUGAAGCGGGCUAUUAUAUGUCUUCCCUUAUGGGCGCCGUCCAAUUCAUUGAAAACCUCGACCGCACAUCCCUCACCAUCUCCGACGCCGACUUCGAAGCAAAUGUCGAAGCGGCUGUCUCCGCCAUUGCUGAGCGCCACCGUGCCUCCGAGGAGUCCGCCAGUGAGCCCACUCGAGCGCCGAGCUCCUCAUCCACCGGCUCCCAGCGCGGCGGCCCCGGUCACCAGCGCCGUCCCAGCCCGCACAUGCACCUCCCCGAGAAAAGCGCGCUAGCUCGUGCCGAAGUCACGCCCAGAAACAGCUUGGACGCCGAGCAGCUAAGCCAGGCACCAGCGACGAGGCCAAACGAGAAGGAGAGCGGCAGUGGAGACGACGAGGCGGAUGCGGUUUCUGGUCUACUUCGAACAAUUCGCAGCCCGCUCAGCACAAUCGGGCGCAUCUUCGGCGACGAUACACCCCCCUCGACUUCGCAUCAGAGCCCGCACCCGGCGCUCACGCCACAGCCUGCCACGCCGGCACGCCUUUCACCCAACCCUGCACAGACGCAACAACAGCAACAACAGCAACAACAGCAACAACAACAACAACAUCAUCAUACCCCGCAGCGGGGCUCAACGGAAGGAAGACCGACGCAGCAACAGCAGCAACAGCAGCAACAGCACAAGCCACCAGGAGGCCAAGCCCAGCAAAUGCAGCGCCUGAGCGCCGAAGACGCAGCAGCACGCCAGGCGUCUGCGGAGACGGAGGAAGCGCGCAAGCUGCAGGUCAAGGAGCACAGGACGGUGGUGGAAACGCUGGCGGGCAUGUUUCCGAGUCUGGACCGCGAGGUCAUUGACGAUGUGGUGCGGGAGAAGCAGGGCCGGGUGGGGCUUGCGGUGGAUGCCUGUUUGCGGUUGACGAGUGAUACCUAG